AUGACAUGUGUUUUCGCAUACGUCAAGCCAGUGAACGAACAAUCAUUAAUUUACUUCGCUACGUUUUGCGCCAGUCGCUUAAGUAUUUCUUAUAGCACAAUUAAACUUUAUCUAUGUGGCAUCCACUUUAUUUCAAUGGAGAAUAACAUUAGUUACCUUCAUAGUAAUCAACUAAAUACAGCAUCUGCACACCUGGAAGAUCAUCUAAUUACAGUACUUGGUCGGUGGUCAUCUGAUUCCUACUGUAGAUACAUCAGGUUGCCUGGCACAAUUCUUAAAAAUGCCCACAGGUCAAUGGCUAGUAUAUAG